AUGGAUAGAUCGGAAAAUUUGGCCAUUCGAAAGCAGAGCAAUCGCGGCCUUGAGGUCAUUCACAGACCUUCUGCUCUACAUUGUGUGAACAUUACAUCAUCAUUCUCAUUUCUAUCCUCGCGACAUAUUGGUGAUGAGCAUUGCUACAUUGUGCCCUUUGAGAAUACUGCCGACAACACGCGCCAACCGGACUUUCUUGACUAUCAUAGCUGGUCUAUGGCUUAUACUAGACGAUAUAACUUAUUCUUGACGGAAAUCUUCAAACCAACUGCGCCCACACCCGCUUUCAUCAUUUCUCCAGACGAUAGGGCAUUAAUCAUGGCACGGUUCGCUGUAAUUGAAAAUCUUGUAUCAGAUGGUUUACUAGCUGUUGAGGUUGCAGUGCUCACCAUACAUCAAUUCAUAAGUGAUUAG